AAUAGAAAUACAUCAAGUAAAUAGAGAGGCCAUGGAGUACAGCAAAUUGCCCCCGCAACCCCCACCGUAUUCUCCAGAGCAGUACGGUGCUGGACCAAGUGCUCCACCAACUGAGCAAAUUCAUGCAGCGCUAGCGGCGCAGCCACCACGUCCGGAUGUGCACGUGGUCAACACCAAUCACGUAGUCGUUGACAGCUCUGGCCUGACGACCUGUCCCCGUUGUAACAAACGGAUCAUGUUACGCACGAAGCGUCAUGCCACAUGCACAACAUACCUCUGGGCAGCAGUGCUCUGUCUCCUAGCCUGCUGGCCAUGUGUCUGCUUGCCCUGCUGCUGCGAGUGGGGAUACCAGUCGAGCCCUGCCUGCCCCAAAUGUAAUGCUCGCUUCUAGAGUGCUCGCUUUUAAAGCGGAUGCUCUCCGAUAGCUACAAGCAGAGCUCAGUAUCA